AUGAGUCGCUGGGCUUGCUCGAGGGAGAGAUGUAGGUCACAUAGAAGGCCCUUGGGUAACCAGGCACAGGAGUGGAAGGGAGAAGAUUUGCCUGUGUUUUUACCAGAAACUGCAACCAAGAACCCCGAGAAAGGUUCCCUUGACCCGGAAGGUUGCAUAGGUGUUUCCGAUGACAGUGGGAUGAAUGGGGUUAACGGGGAAAAAGGUGGCAAAGGAGAAAAAGGGCUUCCGGGCGCUCCAGGUUUUAAAGGGUUUAAGGGCGAGCCAGGGAUCCCAGGCAUGAGCGGCGCCCCGGGUCCGCCAGGACCUGUUGGAAAUCAAGGUGUUCGUGGUGAAAAAGGCAACCAGGGUCUGCCGGGAGUAGGGGGACCAGGAACCCCAGGAUCCCCGGGAGGUCUUACCGAAGAAGAACGAAGAAUCAUUAUAGAUGAUGUAAGCAUUUAA